GAAGGGCGACAGUUGAGUUUUUGCAUCAAAAUAUACACUUGACACAUUUCAAAACAAAACAAUCAAUCAAGAAAGAAAUGGCGAUGACAGGAACAUACGUGGCGGACGUACCACUGAAGGGGUUGGCGGAGAAACACUACAGGAGAUGGAGGAGCCAAAACAACAUCGUUCCGGACGCCAUCGGCCACCAUAUCCAAGGUGUCACCGUCCACGACGGCGACUGGGACUCCCACGGCUCCAUUAAAUCGUGGAACUACACAAUCGAUGGGAAGCCGGAAGUCAUCAAGGAGAAGAGAGAGAUAGACGACGAGAAGAUGGCGUUGACGUUCAGAGGGUUAGACGGCCACGUGAUAGAGGAGUACAAGGUGUAUGAUGUCAUCUUACAGUUCAUUCCCAAGUCGAAGGAAGGGUGCGUCUGCAAAGUCACUCUGAUAUGGGAGAAGCGGAAGGAAGACUCCCCCGAACCCACCAAGUACAUGAAGUUUGUCCAGAGCUUAGUUGCUGACAUGGACGACCACAUCCUCAAGGGCCAGAACAAGGCUUAAGAACCCUCCAUGGUCACCGUCGUAAAUAAUCCUUAUGCAUGUGUAUCUUUUAUGUUUGUCUCGUACGUGUCUUUAUCAUCCGCCUCUUUUUCCUUUGUACAUGUUGUGCUAGUAAUAAUGGCGGUCUUGUAUGUAUCAUCUUUGUCUUUGAUGAAUAGUUGAUGUUGUUAUGUAAGUAAGUGUGUUCGUAAUAAAAUAAAUUUGUGUUAGUUA